AUUGGCAGUCUCACCGACUUUUAGUUCAUUUUGAUUUUCAAAAACUAAAUUUUGUUUAUUUUUCAUGUACACAAAACAAUUUUAGCACGUCUCAAACUCAUUUCUCCGUCUCUUGUUUCGUUUUCGUAUAAAAUUCGUGCAAAAUUCGCAAAUUUUCGGUUUAAACGCAUAAUUAUCGAAAUAACCGUUUGGCACUUUGUUUCCACCAAAUCCGCAAUACCCCAAAUCCUCUAUACAAAAUGAAUUCCGUACAUAUCUAUUGGGACGAAUACAAGGGCGUAAUGAUCGACGAACAGGAGCGCGACAUCUACAUACGCGAUAUACCACAAAAAUGGCUGCCACGCAUUUGUGACUUAAUGGUGGAGAAUUCCUUUCGCACCAAUCGACUCUAUGACCAACUGAAGAUACAUGAUAUUGAAGAUGUUGAAGAAUCGUAUCGACGUUGCGUGAAUCAUGUGCUGCAUAACGAAUGCAGUAUCAUGGUGAUCGACGAGGAGACGAACGAGAUCUACGGCGUAGCGCUACUCAAAUGGAUGUCUAAAGAGUGGCGCUCCUGGACCAUUUGGCUGCAAAUGUUCGACACAUUGCUACUUUUCUCCGAGUUCAUGCUGCUCAGUCGUAUGCUGGUGCUCAAGUACGACGAAGAACAUCCAGAGCAUGAACCGAAUAGUUUACACCUUUUCGAGUAUUAUUUGCAUCCAACGCUUAAUGACGACCCGGUCUUUAUGCACAAAUUCUUCUAUAGCAUUUUGGAAGUGGCGCGUCACAUGUUGAUGCCACGUGUCUCAUUUGUUGCCGCGUUGUUGGAGCAACAGCAACAAGCUGAAGCGUUCGGGUUUCAUCCGCUCUCACACCUCAUCUAUUCACUGGUAGAAGACGAUGGUGUGCGCACCUUUCAGUCGUUGCGUGACAUUGGUGAAAUGUAUAUGGUGUUGUAUGAGUACCCGGUUGAGCCGAUAAUACCCUUCUAUAACAUGCCACCACCGCAUCCGUACGAUGAGGAGGAUCGUUUGAAGCACGAGCCACAUACAAAGCUUGAUGGCGAAGAUAACGCUCUAUCAGAAAUGGAUUCAACUCGACGCUCUCUUUCCAAGUUGGUUAUAAAGUAACGUGUUUUGAAAUAUAACUAUGGAAAUGUAGUUGCUUUAAAUUGUAAUCCUAAUGGUUGCCAUGUCUAAAGUUGUAAAUUGUGGUGAAUAAAAAUUUAUAGCUCAGAAA